AUGAGUAGUGGUCAAAGUGAUUAUAUUCAGAAAGGUAUUCAAAAUGCUGAACAAGCAACAGCAGAAGAUAAAGCACACAAUUAUGAAGCUGCUGUAAACCAUUAUAUGACAGCAGCUCAUUGGCUCAUGCAAGCAAUAAAAUAUGGAGGAAUGAAUGCACAAUUAAAACAAACAAUAAGACCUAAAAUAGAGAGUUAUAUAAAACGAGCAGAAGAAAUUGAUUUGAUUCUGAAGAAAAAACCAGUUGCCGAUGGAUGCAAUGAUCAUGGAAAUGCGAAGAAUAAUAAAAACAAUAGUGAUAGUAGUGAUUCAGAUUAUAAACAACUUAAACAAAAAUUUGAAGGCGCUAUCGUUGCAGAUCCAAAAGUAACAUUUAACGAUGUCAUUGGUUUAGAACAAGCAAAAGAGGCACUAAAAGAAGCCGUUAUUUGGCCUGUUAAAUUGAAAAAGUUUUUCAGAGGUAUACAAGUGUGCAGAUCGAAAGAUCUAUUUAAUGAUGUGUACUCUUUUAUAUUAGGUAAACGUAAACCAUGGGCUGGUAUUCUACUUUAUGGACCACCUGGUACGGGUAAAUCCUAUUUGGCUAAAGCCAUUGCUACAGAAUGUAAAAGUACAUUUAUAUCUGUGAGCUCAUCGGAUCUUCUUUCAAAAUGGGUUGGUGAAAGUGAAAAAGGUGUGAAAUGUUUAUUUGAACUGGCUCGUGAACGACAGCCAUGCAUUGUAUUCAUUGAUGAAAUUGAUGCACUCUGUAGUCAACGUAAUGAUACAGAAUCGGAAUCUUCAAGACGUGUGAAAACUGAAUUUCUCGUUCAAACAGAAGGGGUUGGAGCAGACAAUUCAGGUGUUCUUCUUCUUGCGGCAGCUAACAUAUCAGACUAA